GGUUUCCUUAUCACUAACAAUUUAAAAAUAGAAAAUAUUCCAUUCGUUUUAUUUGUAUGUAAACAAUGUCCCCAUAAUUUUCAUCGCAUUUCGUCAACAGACCUUUAACGGUAAAGUCGGCAUUAUUUUACAUCAAAAUGAAUAAUUACCCUCAUGAAGGUUUUACUUAUAAAAUUAAUGGCGGACGAAAAAACGGCAUUCGGUAUUUGGCAUGCUGUCAGAGGUAUUGCAAAGGUUCAGCAAAACAGUUAGCUAAUGGUAUUAUAGUACCAAUUAAUUCUCAUUCGCAUCAACCUAAUAAUGUAGAAAAUGAACUAUUGAAGUUUAAAAAACAAUUUCGUUUGAUUCUGAUUGAACGAGCAGUGCAUGAAACAACAAGGCUCAGGGAUAUUUACGAUGAGGAAUCUAUAAGACAUAUGAGAGGUGCAGAACAAUACUCUUGGCCUUUAGCCGAGUUGUGCAUGCGCCAUGCUCGUAGAAGAAAUGUGCCUGCUUUGCCACCAACCUUAGUUGCACUUGCAGACAUUUUAGAGACCAAUGUAGACCGAUAUACUUGUUGUGGUCAUUCUUUUUACCAGGACCGUACAAUUGAUGUUGAUGGAAAAGUUUCAAUUAUAUUCGGUUGUUUGGACUUGAUUCAGGAAGUUAUACACCAGGGUGGAUCUGAACUUCAUGCGGAUGCCACGUUUAAGGUUGUUCCAUCCUCUCCAAAAUGUAGACAAUUGUUUGUUAUGCACUUUAAUAUUCAAAAUCAUUCCAUCCCUAUAAUAUAUGUAUUAAUGGAAUCAAAAACAGAAACAGCUUAUACGCUUGUUCUCAGAAAAUGUAAGGCCUUGUUUCCAGCUAUUCAGCCAGUAUGCAUCAUGACUGAUUAUGAAAAUGCUUUGAAAAACGCAUUUAGUAACGUAUACCCUGAAAGUAUUCAAAAUGCAUGUCAUUUUCAUUAUGUACAGUGUCUAGUUAAAAAUAUAAGAAAAAAUGGGUUAUCAAACUAUGUGAAAAAUAACCAUGAAGCUCAGACUUGUGUUAAAAUGGUAUCUGUGUUAGCUUUAUUACCGCCUAAUAAAAUUGAUGAAGGUUACCAGGUUAUUCGAAGAUAUGCAAGGGAUAACAAUGUAAACCUUAUGCCUUUUUUUACUUAUUAUUCAAAUUAUUGGUUACGUACAAAAGGACCAGAAGUGUUCUCAGUAUAUGGUGUUCCUAGAAGAACUAACAACAAUAUAGAGUCUUUUCACGGUCAACUAAAACAGAAAUUUCAAACUCUACACCCAAAUUUGUGGACAUUUUUAGAACACUUGAAAAAAUUAAGUCUGAGAAAUCACUUAACUAUUACACAUUUAGCGAGAGGCCAACGAGUAUCCCGUCCUGUAAAAAUAAAAUAUUUGUUAAAUUCUGAACGUAUUCAAACUGCAACUACCCAGCUACGACUAGAUAUUAUAAAUACAAGAGAGUUUUUACUACAAAGUUCUCACUGUGCUGAACGUUAUCUUCAAGACGAAUUAAAUUGGCAUAUUGACAUUGAACAAAGAAUCGAAGAAAUAAACAAUGUAGCAGAAGAAAAUGCUGGGCAGAUAGAAGCAGAAAAUGAUGGAGAUGCUAACCACCACCAAUUAAAUGCAGCAGAUGAAGAAGAUAUACUUGAACCAGAAAAUUAUGAAGAAUUACAAUAUGAAGAACCAAUAAUAGGUAGAAAUAUAAAUUUGUUUGAGGUUGAUGCAAAUGUAAUUGAAAACAUUCCAUUAAGGCGGGAAGAAGCUGAACCUCAAAUCAAUGAAGAGGAUGAAAAUGAUUUUAUCAUUCCGGAGGAUAGGGAAAUAAACAUUUGGCGAGAGUUUAUAAAUGACUCUGAUGAUGAACAUGAGAUACCAUUUGUUCAAGUACCUCAUAAUUUGGUUGAACUUUAUCCGCAGCAAGAUGAAGAAAAUAUAUGUGUUGUUUGUAGAUUUGCUCAAAGGACACAUGCGCUUGUGCCUUGCGGGCACAGGGUCUUAUGUGUAGAUUGCUUAGCACAAUUACGAGAAACACGAUGCCCAAUUUGUAAUGAGAACUUUAACCUUAGUUUACGAAUCUGGUAAAUAAGAUACACAAUUUAUGUUAAUGUCAAUAAGUUAAUUUAUAGUAAAAGUAAUACCUAUAGGUAAUAGGUAUACAGAAAUGUAUGUAAGUAAAUACUAAAUAAUAAAGGAUAAGGAAAGUACCAAUCUUAA